AAAAAAUUGAACUGAAAAAUGAAAAUGUUUUGAUGUGUCUCAAAAAUUAACUAAUAAUUGUUUUAAAAUGUUAUUUCCGAUUAAAGUUCGGUAUAUUACCAAAGGUCUCAAUAGUAGCAUUCAAAAAAAUAUUUCAUAUUUCUCGAAAGACAAGCAGUAUAAUGUAAUAGUUAUAGGUGGGGGCCACGCUGGUAGUGAAGCUUGUGCGGCCGCAGCACGAAUGGGAGCGCAAACUUUAUUAGUUACGCAUAAAAAAGAAACUGUAGGUGAAAUGUCAUGCAACCCAUCCUUUGGAGGCAUAGGAAAAGGUCAUUUGAUGCGAGAAAUUGAUGCACUUGAUGGGGUCUGUGGUAGGAUCUGUGAUCUUUCUGGUUUGCAAUAUAAAAUAUUGAAUAGGAGAAAAGGCCCUGCUGUGUGGGGCUACAGAGCACAAAUAGAUAGAGAAUUGUACAAAAAACAUAUGCAGAAAGAAUUGUUUGACAAUACUGAAAAUUUGGAUGUUCUUUUUGCUCCUGUUGAAGACUUGAUUAUUAAAAAUGAAUGUACAGCUUCUGAUAACCAUACCAUUGUUGAUUGUAAAGGAAUUAUAUUGAGCGAUGGUUCCAGAAUACAAUCUAAUUGUGUUGUAAUUACGACUGGUACGUUUUUAAAUGGCAGAAUUAAUAUUGGUCUUAAAACUUUUCCUGCUGGACGUAUUGGAGAUCAACCUGCUAUAGGUCUUGCUAACACAUUAAAAAUGCUUAAUCUCAGAAUGGGAAGACUCAAAACUGGAACCCCUCCAAGAUUGAAAGCUGACACCAUUGACUAUGGCAAUUGUGGUCAACAAGAAGGCGACAAGCCACCACUUCCAUUUUCGUUUAUGAAUGACUCAGUUUGGAUUGAUCCAAAAGAUCAAUUAGUGUGCUAUUUAACUAAAACCAAUCAUAAGAUUGAAACUAUAGUUAAAAAAAAUAUACAUUUAAAUCGGCACGUUUUUGAAGAAGUAACUGGCCCUAGAUAUUGUCCCAGUAUUGAGGCAAAAGUUUUGAGAUUUGGAGGCAGGGAGCAUCAACUAUGGUUGGAACCUGAAGGACUUAAUAGCAACGUUAUUUAUCCAAAUGGCUUAUCGUGUACCUUACCAGAAGAUUUACAAGAGCAGUUGGUGCAUUCAAUUCCAGCCUUAGAGAAAGCCGAAAUACUUAGACCAGGCUAUGGGGUGGAAUAUGAUUUUGUUGAUCCUAGAGAAUUGGAUCGGUCAUUGGAAGUGAAAAGGGUUAAUGGAUUAUUUUUGGCUGGCCAAAUUAAUGGUACUACGGGGUACGAAGAAGCUGCUGCCCAAGGAAUACUAGCUGGAAUAAAUGCUGCAGCAAAGGUUCAUAGCAAACCACCAUUAACAUUGAACAGAACUGAUGCCUAUAUUGGAGUUAUGGUUGAUGAUCUUACUACACUAGGCACCACAGAGCCAUAUAGAAUGUUUACUAGCCGAGCUGAAUUUCGAGUAACUUUGAGGCCUGAUAAUGCAGAUCAGAGACUAACAGCAAAGGGUUAUGAAACAGGAUGUGUAACGAAGGAGAGAUAUCACAAAAUGUUGGAUGUUGAAAAAAAGGUGAAAUAUGGCGUUGGACUUUUAAAAAGUAUUAGUUAUCCAGUGACGCAAUGGAGAAGAUUGAUUGGGGCAGCGCCUUCUAGAAGUAGUGAAAAGAAAAGUGCCUGGGAAAUGUUGGACAUUAACAAUGAAAAAAUCGACAUUAGGUCAUUAGCUAAAGCCGCCCCUGAUCUAUUACAGUUGACUUAUGAUCAGUCCAUAGUGAAUAGGCUUCAUAUUGAAGCUUUGUACGAGCAUGCUGCUGCCGAACAGUUUGAGGAGGUCAAUGAAGUCAGAGAGAAUGAAUCUCUGCUAUUACCAAAAAAUCUAGAUUAUAAUUCAGAAUCUUUGAGUCUAAGUAUGGAGGAACGGGAAAAGUUGGCGAGAAUUCAACCACAAACAAUUGCAGCAGCAAGUAGAAUUCCAGGAGUUACACCAUCCUCAGUGUUCAGAUUAUUAAGAUAUGUAAAACAGAGGAAAGAAUUGUUUGCUGAUCUAAAUUAAAUAUACUUCUAUUUGAACAUUCCAGUUUUUUUAUUAUUUAUUUGGUGUUUGAUGUUUAACUAUUACAACAUUCAAGUAUUGGGUAAUAAGCAUUUUAACAUACCUAACUCUAAUGGUUUUAACUCAAAUUUGAAAUAAAUAUACUUAAAUAAAUUGCUUGUUAAUAUUUACAGUGUUAUCAAAAUUACAAAAAGUAACUUAAGUAAUUUAGGGAGGAAAAUCUAUUAGUUUUUGGCCGAAUGAGCUCAUAAUUGAAAGAAUUUAAUACUUGCCAGACACAAAAUAUUGGGUACACAUAAAUCAGAUUUAUAGCCUGAUUUCUACACAAUAAUCUUUGAUGUCUGAGCUACUUCAAACUUGAUUCAAUUAUUAUUUUAAAACUAAUAUGUAACAUACAUUGGUAAACCUCGGUUUUUAUUCUAUUUACAAAAUCAAGAUUGGGCCUCAUCCGGCCUAGGUUUGUAUAUACAUAAUAUACCUAAACGGGUAUCUGCAGACUUUCGAAAAAAAAAAAAAUUUAAAAAUUAUUUAAUAUAACAUAAUUGCACCGUUGGUUUUCUCUUCUAAUACUGGUAUAACGGUUUCUGUUUCUUUUUCGCUUGUUGCUAUUGAAAUUAUGAUAAUAUUUAUCAGGCCUGCACAAGCGGCUCCAAC